AUGUCGUAUUCGUUUGAGACCUCUUGUUGGCUUUUUUCGGUAUGUCUGUUAAGCAACGAUUCGUACCUGUCAUCGUGGCGACGAGAUGUCCUAUCCGAUUCGAAGGACUUCUGGGAAUUCUUCCCUACUGAGGUUCUUCCAGUCUCGAGGGCCGCUCUUCUCUCGUCAAUGAGAGAGAUUCCGCCGCUAUCCUCUGGCGUGUCAAAAGUACUGGGCGGUUGUCUCAGAAUGCUAGGCGAAAGCGAGAGACCAAUGCGUCUAGCAGUUACAAUGGGGUCGGUGGCGCAAAACAAAGCAUUGAAAGCGUUUCCCUGCUUACCAAGCUGGUCAAUACACUCUAAGAGCCACAGUAUGAAACCACGACAAGCUUCCCUCAUGUUGGCUGAAGUCGUACGGAGCAACUGUUGUUCAAUUAACUUCAAGUUGUACUCGUUCUCCUCUAUUUCGUCGAUGACCAAGAGGGUUUUCGAGGCAUUGGGUCCAAGUUUCAUUGAGUUUGCCUCCUUUGCCUUCUGCAACUUGGCGUGCUUCGAAAUAAGAUCAUUCUGCCGUGUCUCUCGAAUGGCUAUAGCUCCCAUCUGCACCUUGAGCUUACUGUAG